AUGCAUCAAGAACCGUCUGUGUCUUCCACAAAUGUUGCAGCGGUUCCUCAGCCAAACGGACAUGUAUCGUGUGAGUUACUUUCCAUCGACAAUUACAAUGCAUCUGAAAAUUUCGUAAGAAGUUUUACUUCUCAUCACUACAGCAUAAUGAGUCCUUGUGAAAGUUCCCCCUCCCAGAACGGUGGCUCAUGCCAUGCUAUAUACGAAACAUACGAUUACAGAUGCAAGUGCAAACAAGACUACUUUGGAACAAACUGUGAAAGGCAGAAAGCAUUGUCUUGUAAGGAGCGGUUUUACCAAGGAUUCCAUAAGAGCGGUGUGUAUCCGCUAAGUAUGGACGUUGGUGAAGUCCCGGUGUAUUGUCACAUGACCCUGCCAGCUUGUGGUGAAGGCCAAUGGACAUCAGUGAUGAAGAUUGAUGGAGCAAAGGACACUUUUAUAUAUGAUUCACAAUUAUGGAAUAACAUGGAAAGCAUCGAUAUUCUCGGCGGAAGCACAGGGUUCGACUAUCAGCAAACCAAGCUGCCGACUUUCUGGAAUACGCCCUUGACUCAGAUCUGUCUUGGAAUGAAAGUUAAGGACGAAGAUAGGUUUAUCACAAUCAAUCUGACGGCCAGUUCGCUGCAUUCGAUAUUUUCCACUGAUCAGUACUUGCCAACAUCAUUGGGUCGAAAUGUUUGGAAAAAGGUAGUGGGUCCUCAGGCUUCACUGCAGCAUUUGUGCAACAAAGAGGGUUUUAACGUGGUGUGUUCAGGUGCCAUUAAAACGAGAAUCGGUAUCAUUACGGAUGACGUGCCGAUGGUCUCUCCGUUUACUUGCGUAGGCUGUGACUCGGCUAUUACGUUUGGAGGCGAUGAUUUUCAAGUGUGUGGGAAUAAUGGCUAUAAGGAUAUCUCUGCCAUGGGGUAUAUUCUGAUAAAAUAA